GGAAGCCCGAAGGAGGCGGCAGAGGAGGGAGGAACUUCCCAAAGUUGCCAAACAUGGCUACCUCGCCUGCAGAGCCGAGCGCGGGGCCGACGGCCGGGGGGGAGGCAGCGGCGGCGACCGAGGAGGAGGAGGAGGAAGCGCGCCAGCUUCUGCAGACUCUGCAGGCGGGAGGGGAGGCGGCGGCGGCGGCCGGGGCGGGCGAGGCGGCAGCGGCGGACUCCGGGUCCCCGAGCGGCCCGGGGUCUCCCCGCGAGACCGCGGCCGAGGCGCCCACGGGCCUCCGCUUCUCGCCCGAGCAGGUGGCGUGCGUGUGCGAGGCGCUGCUGCAGGCUGGCCACGCCGGUCGCUUGAGCCGCUUCCUGGGCGCGCUGCCCCCGGCCGAGCGCCUACGUGGCAGCGAUCCGGUGCUGCGCGCGAGGGCCCUAGUGGCCUUCCAGCGGGGUGAAUACGCCGAGCUCUACCGGCUCCUCGAGAGCCGCCCUUUCCCCGCCGCCCACCACGCCUUCCUGCAGGACCUCUACCUGCGCGCGCGCUACCACGAGGCCGAGCGGGCCCGCGGCCGUGCGCUGGGCGCGGUGGACAAAUACCGGCUGCGCAAGAAGUUCCCUCUGCCCAAGACCAUCUGGGAUGGCGAGGAGACCGUCUACUGCUUCAAGGAGCGCUCGCGCGCGGCGCUCAAGGCCUGCUACCGCGGCAACCGCUAUCCCACGCCAGACGAGAAGCGCCGCCUGGCCACGCUCACCGGCCUCUCGCUCACACAGGUCAGCAACUGGUUCAAGAACCGGCGACAGCGCGACCGGACUGGGACCGGCGGCGGAGCGCCCUGCAAAAGCGAGUCCGAUGGGAACCCCACUACUGAGGAUGAGUCCAGCGGAAGUCCCGAAGACCUGGAGAGGGGUGUGGCCCCCGUGGCUGCUGAGGGCGCCCCCCAGAGUUCUAUCUUCCUAGCGGGGGCCACCCCUCCUGCGACGUGCCCCGCCUCCUCCUCUCUCCUGGUGAAUGGGAGCUUCCUGGCAGCCAGCAGCCCCCCAGCAGUGCUCCUCAAUGGCAGCCCAGUCAUCAUCAAUAGCCUGGCCCUAGGAGAGGCCUCCAGCCUGGGGCCCCUGCUGCUCACAGGAGGAGGGGGUGCCCCUCCACCACAGCCCAGCCCCCAGGGAGCCAGUGAGGCCAAGACUUCCCUGGUCCUGGACCCUCAGACAGGAGAGGUUCGGUUGGAGGAGGCUCCGUCUGAGGCUCCCGAGACCAAAGGGGUCCAGGGGGCUGUUCCUGGGGCAGCUGGAGAGGAAGUCCCAGGGACCCUGCCCCAGGUAGUCCCCGGCCCCCCACCUGCCUCCACCUUCCCUCUGACCCCAGGAGCCGUUCCCUCUGUGGCUGCUCCUCAGGUUGUACCCCUCUCCCCCUCGUCUGGGUACCCAACAGGCCUGAGCCCCACUUCCCCACUGCUGAACUUGCCCCAGGUGGUGCCCACCUCCCAGGUGGUGACCCUGCCUCAGGCUGUGGGGCCGCUCCAGCUGUUGGCAGCUGGGCCAGGCAGCCCCGUGAAAGUGGCAGCUACACCGGGGCCUACCAACGUGCACCUGAUAAACUCCGGUGUGGGAGUGACCGCCCUGCAGCUUCCCUCGGCCGCCACCCCAGGAAACUUUCUCCUGGCCAACCCCGUGUCCGGCAGCCCCAUCGUCACUGGGGUAGCUGUGCAGCAGGGCAAGAUCAUCCUCACUGCCACCUUUCCCACCAGCAUGCUCGUCUCCCAGGUCCUUCCACCUGCCCCCAGCCUAGCCCUGCCCCUGAAGCAAGAGCCAGCCAUCACAGUGUCUGAAGGAGCCCUCCCAGUGACCCCCGGCCCCGGCCUCCCAGAGGGUCACACUCUAGGGCCAAUCUCUACUCAGCCACUGCCACCUGCUCCUGCUGUCACCUCUGCCACCGGCCUGCCUUUCUCCCCGGACUCCUCUGGCCUGCUGCCCGGCUUCCCAACACCCCUGCCCGAGGGUCUGAUGCUGUCCCCUGCGGCUGUACCAGUCUGGCCAGCAGGGCUGGAACUGAGCGCAGGGGUAGAGGGGCUGGGGACACCGGCCACCCACACUGUGCUGAGACUGCCAGACCCAGACCCCCAGGGGCUGCUCCUGGGGGCCACAGCAGGGACUGAGGUUGAUGAGGGGCUAGAAGCUGAGGCCAAGGUCCUGACGCAGCUGCAGUCCGUGCCUGUGGAGGAGCCCUUGGAACUGUGACUGCCUGGACUCAGCCACCUCUCCUGACAAUGGUGCUCAAGGUGCUCGGACAGGAGGAACCCUCAGUAGAGUGCAGUCUGAAGGUCCCACACUACAGCCCUCCACCCUGGACGAGCUGCAAGCCUUGGAGAAGCCAGAGAAUCACCCCUGCCUGGGCACUGUCCUUUCCUGAUGGGAAGUCUCUUGUUACAGCCCUCCCAUGCUCUGCCUGCCCGGUGCAUGGGGCACUAGGGGUCCUGACUCGGGCUUUGUCCUCCUCUACCUGGUACUAGUUGAGGAAGGCCCUGCCGAGUGGCUGAUUUCCAGCCGGCACCCUCCCCAUAACACUAUUAAUAGCCCCACUGAUACCCAGUGUUCCCAGAACUGCCUGAAUCCCAGGGAGAGGAGACCAGGGUGUGGCCCAGAGAGCCCCUUCCUGCUGAGGAGGGUCCAAUGGGUGCACGGGGCCCUUCCUUACUUCCCUGGACUUGAGCCCCAGGAUCCAGCCCCAGACCAAAGAUUUCCCCGGCCCCUAGUUUUGUCUAGUUUGUAUCGUAAAUCUUUAUUUUUCUAGGACAUGUAAUGCCUCCAUUUCAAUUAAAGUCAAGUUAACAGACAACAGA